GUCCCCAUAGACCUGGUUCUCCUGCUGCCUACCAUGGCCAAAAGUGGAGAGGCCCUGCCACAGGGCAACCCAGCACCAGUCCAGGAUCCCCACCUCAUCAAGGUGACAGUGAAGACGCCCAAGGACAAAGAGGAUUUCUCAGUUACAGACACGUGCACCAUCCAGCAGCUGAAGGAAGAGAUAUCUCAGCGCUUUAAGGCCCACCCUGAUCAGCUGGUCCUCAUUUUUGCUGGCAAAAUCCUCAAGGACCCUGACUCAUUGGCACAGUGUGGAGUGCGAGAUGGCCUCACUGUCCACCUGGUCAUCAAGAUGCAGCGCCGCACCAUGGGCAAUGAGGGCUCAGCUGCUUCAGUCCCUAACCCAGGCCCAAGUCCCAGAUUACUCCCAUCACCAAGCUCAAUUUACCCAGCUGAUGGGCCUCCUACUUUCAACUUAGGUGUCCUUACAGGUCUCAAUGGACUGGGCCUGAGCUCUGGGAGCUAUUCUGACCAGGCAAACUCACUGAUGUGGCAGCAUGUAUCUGUGCCUGAGUUUGUGGCUCAGCUGAUUGACGACCCUUUCAUCCAGGGUUUGCUGUCUAACACGGGUCUGGUACGCCAGCUGGUUCUUGACAACCCCCAUAUGCAGCAGUUGAUUCAACACAACCCUGAGAUUGGGCAUAUUCUCAACAACCCUGAAAUCAUGCGGCAGACGCUGGAGUUUCUACGUAAUCCUGCCAUGAUGCAGGAGAUGAUGCGUAGCCAGGAUCGGGCGCUCAGUAACCUGGAGAGCAUCCCUGGGGGCUACAAUGUGCUUCGUACCAUGUAUACAGAUAUUAUGGACCCAAUGCUCAAUGCUGUACAGGAGCAGUUUGGUGGAAAUCCUUUUGCCACUUCCACUACUUCUAAUGCCACCACCACCAGCAGCCAACCUUCAAGGACAGAGAAUUGUGAUCCCCUCCCCAACCCCUGGACUGCCACGUAUGGAGGCUCGAAUAGCAGACAAGGAAGGAGGCCUGGGGACCAGGAUGCAUCAGAAAUUAGAAAUAGGGUUCCAAACUUUCUGGGUAGUUUAGGGCUCUAUGACUAUCUCCAGCAAUUGCAUGAGAACCCCCGUUCCCUAGGAAACUAUCUGCAAGGGACUAGAUCUACCCUCAACCCAAACCUGGAACCACCAUCACCAGGAAGUAGAGUUCCUCCAGCUUCACCCUCAUCCCAGGAAUCGGGAUCAGGUCAGCCCCUCCCCAAGGAGUCAGUAUCAAUCAAGGGAAAGUCUUCCUGCCCAGCUUUUCUGAAAUACUCACCAGGAAGCAGCACUGGAAAAGAUGGAGGCCAUGAUGGUUCAGGGAAGGGCUCUACUGGCCAUAACACUAGCUUGCCUGAUCUUGUCUCUGGGGUAGGGGAUUCUGCCAACAGGGCCCCAUUUACUCCUUCACCAUCUUCUCCCAUGACAGCCACUCCUGGGGUCUCUGAACCUUCCUGGCUGCCACCACAGGCACAUCCAGUACCUCUGAGGCCAGAUGGCAUGAAUCAGGUUUCGCAGCUGCAGGCUGAGACACACCAGCAGCUGCCACUGCUUCUGCAUCUUCAGUCGGCCAUGGCAAACCCCCGUGCCAUGCAAGCCCUGCUGCAGAUUGAGCAGGGCCUGCAGAUCCUGGCUGCUGAAGCCCCUCGCCUCCUACUUUGGUUCAUGCCUUGCCCAGGAGGGCUGGGCAAUGUAGCAGGAAGUUCAGAGUCUAGAGAAGGUGCCCUUAUGACGGAGGAUGCCCACCCACCCCCAGCUCCUGAGGUUUCCCCAACACAGUGCUCUACAGAAGAGCUGGGCUUCCGUUCUACUCCCUUCCUCCAGACAUUGCAAGCCUUAGUGGGUGCCAAUCCCCAGCAACUGCAACCAGAGGCUCACUUUCGAGUGCAGCUGGAACAACUGCAGGCUAUGGGGUUUCUGAAUCCUGAAGCCAAUCUUCAGGCUCUCAUCGCUACGGGCGGUGAUGUGGAUGCUGCAGUGGAGAAGCUGAGGCAGUCAUAG